CUAAAGCUUAGCCCAAAUGGAGCCUGUAGGCUUUAGUCAUGUUUGUCAGCCAUCAUCUUAAGUAACAAGAGAUAAUUGUCCUGGGACAAUGUGCUGUUCUGAAAUGUCUGGCUGGGACACUGCACCCAGGUGGCCUUCACCUAGCUCCAUUAGCAGUGUUUCUUGGCAUGGCCCCUAUUGUGCUGGGCAGGUAAAAUGUGGCACUCCCUCUGAGUCACCUCUCCUUGUAUUCACACCAUGCAACAUCACCUUGCAUCAGAGCUGCUUCUCCCUACAGCCACGUCACACCGCUAGUGGGAGGUGCACGUGACAGCAGCAUGGUGAAGCUCAUGAGGCACCCAUCAGCACAUAAUGGAGCAAAGAAAUGCCUCCACUUGUAGUGACACCUGCCUAAAUUUUUUCCUCAUGCUGUUUAUUCAGGCAACCUCAAGAGACUGCUAAUUAAAAUAGAGCACAAAAAUCAAAACUAUUCAUAUUUUAUAUAUAUUUUUAAAGUAUCAUAUUAUGUUAGAUGUAUGGUUUUCUGUAGGCACACAGUUUGUGGUAAUUGGGGUGGGGCUGCAGCCGAGCCUCAUCCCCAAUGGGCACAGCUGUGAGCAGCAGGUGAGCAGCACUGACAGCAAUGAGCCAUGGAGUGCCCAGGGGCACUGACCAACCACCAAAGGGAAUAGAGGACACACAGGUGCAGUGCAUCAACAUGAGGGGUAUAAAAGGCUGGGCUGAAGAACAAGAAGGGGAGAUGCUUCCAGCUUUCUGAAGUGCUGUGGUGUUACUUUGUAUGAGCAGACAGCUGAAGCCUUCUGGUGUGGUGUUGCUCUGUACCUAAAAGGAGCUGCAUCUGGGCUAGAGCCCAGUAGGCUUUUGUGGGUCUAAGAGGCAGAGAUGUCACCUGACCUCAGUCCUGCAGGUGGCUUUAUUCCUAAAGUGCUGGGCUGUGCUCCUCUUGAAGUCUCUUGCUCCCCCUUGCUCCCAAGACCUUCUUCUGGACUUACGUGCUGCAUCAGGAGUAAUCACCUGCCUAAAAUAGUUCUGGCACACCUCAUCAGAGAGAGGACCCUGGCUUUAGAAGAACUGCCCUCUGGGACACUGCAGCCACCCCCCAUGAGCCCAUGGGAUGAAACACAGGCACUUGUUGAAAAGAGGAAAAUCACCUUAAAAGGCUGGAACAGGAAAGGUCUGAAUUCUAUGUAUUUUCUUCCAUCCUCAGCUAUUCACCAUCAUUCUGCCAGAUGAGUUGAAGUAUCUCCUCAAAUAUAGAAGAGUCCAGGAAAAUGUAAAGGUCAGACAAUGUAAGGUCAAUGGGUCAUCUAGUUGAGUCCUGCUUGAAAGCAGCUGCUGGAAAGGCAAGAAGAAAAGUUUCACAAUGAAAAAAAUACGCAGUCUGUGUUUUGUGAGUGCCUCUUCUUGGUAGUUAUGUUGCAUUAAACCCCGAAGCAUACAUUUUCCAAGGCCUCUGUUUAUUAUUUCUUUCCGCAGCAGCCACAUGAAGACACUAUGACCUAUUUUCUGCUGCGGUGUUUCACAAAGUGCUUGUUCAGUAACAUAUGCAUUGAUAUUUGCACUCUAAAGAUCUAAUGCGACACAGUGCAGUACCUCACCAAGUUUUCAAAGUGAGGAUCACUUUGAAAUCCUAACUUAAAUUAAGGAUUCAUGAAGAUAAGUACAUUUAGGGACAUAGUAUUAUGCCUUUCUUUUAGAGCACGUAUCAUUCCCCCAUGCAUGUUUUCCCAAGUAAUUUUCAUGCAAUUAUUUCCAAAAGCAAAAUCUGCCUGCAUGAAAUUCAUGAUUCAAAUAAUAUUUUCUUCCUAGAAGCCACAUAAAAUCAGUCACUGGCAGAGUCAUUCUCACUUUGUUACAAAUACUAGGCCUGCAUAAGAUAUCCUGAGGAAUAGCACUCCACUGUUUUCAUGAGCUUUGGUAGAAAGCACUCUUUCCUUGCAUGCUGUGAUGUUUCACAAUAUUGAUUUUCUCCACUAUUCUUCAUUUUAAAUCAUUUUAAAAAGUACAGUCUUUGAAUGAGAGAUGCAACUGCUGUCCCUCCUCUGACCAGUAGAUUUUCUUAUAUAUUGUCUUCUAUACAGAAGACAACAAACUUCUCAGCUUUGCUUUUAAUAAUUCCACAUAGCCAUUCCUUUUUUUAUCUUAGCCGUUCUCCCCUGACCCUAAACUGCAGGUGUUAUUCUAGUCAUCAGCAGUUCAUCUGUGUGAUUGCUAAAUUCAUUAGCUUCCCAGGCACAAAUGCAAACUAGGAUUGUUCUCACACACAAAGAAAGAGUGAAGCUCCAGCCAGGAGGACAGGAGACCUGCAAUACUCACUCUCUGGCGGACAGUAUUUUGACAGUAGCCUGGCAGGCAUGGAUUACCUGGGAAGCUGACCUGCCCUCAGGUUUGUAAACAGCCCACAGGGUAGGGCAUAUUGUAACUGUUUAGGUCCUGAAAAACUUGUUUGUGAAAUAUGUUGAUGGUCUGUGCUUCCAAUCACUUUUACUUAUCUGCUCUCAGCUGUUUAUGUGGUUACAAUACGUGUUUUAGAUGCAUGUAGGAAGAAUUUGUGCUUUGUGUAUGACCACAAAACUGAGCAGAAUGACACGGACUAGAACUGUUCAGUGACAAACAUGAACAAAGUCCACUGCAUGCUUAGGGUCACUCCACAACGCAGGAAAGGACUUGUGCACUUGGUUUGUUUUCUGCUGCCCAGCUUACUAUGACCUGAACUUAAUUUUGGUAAAUAGGUUAGUGAAACAUUUUGCUUUCUGUAACAAUUUUUAUUACUCCUUGGGAUGGUUUGAUAAACACGGGGUCAUUAAAUGUGACUAAAUAAUUCAAUUUCUCCAGAAACUGAAAAAUGUUAUGGUGCACUUCUUAGCUGUUUACUCACAGAGACAAUCUUUGCACAUAUUUAGGUGAAGUGUACCACAAAAUUCACUACUUCUGCACCCAGUACAAAACACCUUUUCCAGACUUUAUUUAUUUUUCAUAUAUGUAGAUACAUCAAUGUUCUCCAAAAGUAUUAAAUUACAUUUUGCCUAUUAAAUGAGGAAGGAAGACCAAUAUGACAAAUUGUUUGCUCUGGGAAUUGCUCAAGCAGGGCUAAUAAAUAAAAACAGCAAAACAGACAACUAUAGAGCAAAAAACCCCAACACCCAAUGUAACCCUUGAAUUCUUCAAUUGAAUCGAACCAAUUCUUCGCCUUUAAACAAUUUUGCUCUCUAAUGAGGCCUUGGUGGUAAAACUAGCCAUUGACUGCUGGUGUUAGUGUCAGUUUCUGAUGAGGGGGAAAAAAUGCAAAAAACCCAUCUUGCUUGAUGUCAGAUAUUUCAUGGCAUAUAUAAGGAAGAUUUGGGCUUUUAAGUUAAACAUUUAUGAGCAGUAACCACAAUCCUGGUUUGGAAGCACACGUUUCUUCCUGGUAAGGAUGUAAGAGGUUUCAAUAUGUCACAGGGAUAUCAAAGGCAACAGAACACAAUAGAAGGGGAGGAAUGCUUUCUAAUGUCCUGUCCCAAUUUCUGAAGGAUUUUCUCUCUUCUUACUCAUUCAGCACUCUGCUUUGCUUGAGUUGAAAGUACUAUAGAAGCUAAAGGAAACACAUCACAAAUAAAUUAUGCUUAAUUAUGGCUGCAAAUAUAAAAAGAUAAGGAAAUUCAACAGAAAAGGUACAAAGGUGGAUUUUAAUCAUAUGUGUACACUCAGCUUUGACUGAAGAUGAGACUUGCAUACACUGCAAAUCUACAGGCCUUAAGAUCUGUUGGUUAUGCAUUAUACAUCUGAAACAAAGUCUAAGGAAUUGAGUUCAUAUUGCAGCUUACUUAUAGAAAUUACUGGUGUGAUCUGAGAGAAACCACAGCACUGAGAGUUUUUUCUUUAGGAUGAGCAUUACAAUGAAAAUGAGCCCUCUUUCAGGACUAAAGUUAGAAUAUCUUUACCUUUCCUGAAAGAGUGGUUGAGGAACAGUCUUCAUAAACAGUAGCACUGUGGAUCUUAGUUUUAUUGCUGGGACCAUGGUGUUCAAUACUGGAUAUUUUAUCUGGCUUAGUUUGGAAAUAGCUCUGAUGAUGCCAAGAGAAGCUGGAUGGGGACAGAGUUGGUGUGAUUCAAAUUUCCUGUAUUUUCUGGGAGGUAUCCUGAAAUAUAGAGAAAAAAAAUCCAAAAGCUCUAGGCAGGAUAGAAGAGCAUGUCCUCACUCUGCUGUAUCCACAUUAAAGAAGGCAUUUCUGAGUCAGAAGGAAAUUUAGUAUGGAAGAUGAGUGGAUGUGCUUCAGUCAGGCAGGCAGAGAUGAAUGCUGAGGUUUGAAGGGAAACACUGGAAUACAGUGACACAGCAACACUGUGUAACCAAAAGCAGUCCUAGUGAGUGUUGCAAGGCUUGGAGGCUUCAUUUCAUCAAAAACCAUAAGGAAAGAGGAAUAAUCUUUUAGUUUACUUCAGUUUACUACUUUAGUCCACUCAGCAUGUAGUAUUAUCCUGUGCAUUUCUCAUUGUCUAAAAUGGCAAAACCAGGUGAAACAAAAGGACUUUCCUCCUCCUUAUUCCCCACCUGCACAGUUUUGUGCAGCCUUCCCAUGUCCUCUGCUUAACUUGAACUAAAGGAGGAAAUCAGCUGAUACUCUUUGACUGUAAAUUAGAGUAGCAAGGAAUUGAACUUACUUCUUUCAUUUAAAGUUUCAUCUCUAAACAACAGUUCAAUCUACUUCUGAAACCAGUCUGAGAACUACUGUAAGGCAUGUAAUUGGUACACCAGAAAUCAAGCAAAUAGUCAGAAAUAAUUUAUAUUAUUGUCCUUGCAGACCUAGGUGGGUAAAAAACAGUUCUGCUUCCAUCCAGGAGACUGCAGCAGAAAAUGGCACAUACAGUAUCUGUGGCCCAAUGAGCAAAAAAAAAAAAAAUCAGCAAUGCAAACCCCUUCAGUUUGGCUGGCAUUUGAAACUGUUAAGGAAAACUAUGCUAUCAGUUUUAGAGUGGCUGUUAGUCUGCAGUACAGAUUUUCUACUGACAGUAGAUUAUUUUAAAUAUUUUAGGAGUGGACAUAAUAGUAUCUUUCCAAAAGUAUCUGCCAGGUCCACCAAUCUGAAAACCAAACCUCUAAAUAACUUUUAAAAUAAUCUCUAGAUAUGCCCCUAGUCUUUGCUAGAAAUAAUGAUGUGUAUUUUCAGGCCACGGAGUUUUCUUUCUCAAAGUUUUGCAGAGUUCAGGGAAUGUCACAAACACAACCACCAUUAAGUUGCAACAUUCACUGUGACUUUUUCUAAAACAGUAACCUUUAAUACAGUAACCUUUAGUAUUGUAUUUUUGACUUUUCCCUUACCUUAGAAAACUUCCAACUACAUACUUUCUUUUCAAAGCUUGGCCAGGCUCCAUUUUGCUACUGUUAGCAUAACCUUAGGCACAUGCUGUGAGGCUUGUAUGUAAUACCCUUUAGACCUGGGAUGUCAUCCAUCUUCUCACAUCCAGGAUGGUGUCAGAUCAUCUGUAUUCUUCCCCUAAUGUGACUGUGAAGGACAAAGGCGUGAACCAUAAAUACACAAAGCAGCAGAUAAGAAGUGAAACAUCAGAAGGAGAGAAAUGAAAACCAUGAGAUCUAAAAAUCUGCAUGUGAUGCAGUUCUGUCACUUGCUGCAGGUGUUCCCACUAAAUGGCCUCUUGGCCCAUUUUUCUGAGUGGAGAAAAGUUCUGUGAACUUGCCCAGCAAGGCUCUCUCUUCUGCGUGCUGCAGCAGUGCUUUCAUUCUUGUCUUUCGGUCAAUAUGUAUUAAAAAUAACAUGGAGAGACAGUAAAUUGCUUGGAACAUUGAGCAUGCAGCUGUCACUCAAUUUCUUUUGCACUCUUCUGUCAGAGAUGCUCAGGCACUUUUAGGAAAUCCCAAUGGGGUUUACUCAUAGUUAGUUAAUUAAAAAUUUAAACUUUCCUUAAAAAACUCAGGUACCUGCUCAGUUUAUGGACAUUUUGGUCAAUAGCAUAUUAGACCUAUACUUGUCCACUUCCCAACAGAUAUUGAUUAGUGCUUGUGUUCACUUGGUUCCCUGGUCAUCUCUUUGGAGGUAUUGUUACAACAGGUGAGACUAUCUCAGCUGUUCCACACAUUAAUACCAGAGACUGGGGACAUAACCAUGCCAUGGAGAAUUACUAGAGAGGAUUUAAUUUCUAAAGCAAUAACGUGUAACUUAGUGGUUAAAUGGCACCUGCACUUUGCAGAUAAACUGUAAAGCCUAUUUAGUUUGACAAAGCACUUAUUAGUGAGUAUAAUAAGUAUACUUAUUUCAUUUGGAUUUAAAUGCCCAUCAAAAGUUGUGGCACGUUUUGAGUGAUCAUUUUGCCAUUCCCUAAAAACAAAUGCUUGUCUCACUCAAGAAAAUUAAUAAACUAGAAGUGUUCUAAAAAGUAUCCUAGUUAGGAGAAGAGGGGCAUAAUUAUUUUCCCAAAGCAUCAUAUGCACACCAUAUGUUCUGUGCCAGAUCUAUCACAGGGUAGUCUGAUAACCCUGUUGACAACUCAGUCAAGUGAGGUUAGUUCUGGUUAAAAAAAAAGCAGUGCAAGACAUGGCAAGACACUCUGAUCUGCUUAAAUGAUCUGCUAAAUAAAUAGAAUGGAAAAAGACAAAGCCAGCUCAAAGUCUGAGACAUUAGUGUGCUGGCAGAGCUUGGUGUUACUCAAUAUAACAACAGUGGAUGAGAUGAUCGAUUCAUACCAGUGAGGGUUUGGGACACAUGAUUGGUCUGGAACAUGUAAGAGAAGGAGGAUAUGGCCAGGCAUGGGCAGUAUUUGUGGUAUAUGAAAUCACUAAAUGAUUUUCACUGGCCAGUAAUGUGCACUACACAGUUUUGCAAUAUUUUGAUCCUAGCAAAACAUCUUAUCCCUUCUGGAUACUGGAUUUUGUAAACACUUUCAUAGAAGCAUCUUUCAUAGAAGCAUAGAGUUGAAAGAGACUCAUCAGGAUCAUUGAGUCCAACUCCUGCCCAUGUGCAGGCCACCCCAAGGGUCCCAGCAGGUACCUGAAAGGUUGUCCAAACACAUCUUGAAUUCUGUCAGGUUUGGUGCUGUGACCACUUCACUGGGGAGCCUGUUCCAGUGCCCAGCCACCUCUAGGUAAAAAACCUUUUUUCUAAUAUCUAACCUAAACUUCCCCCAACUCAGCUUCAUGCUGUUUCCUCAAGUCCUGUCACUAGUCAUGAGAGUGAAGAGUGUCUGCCCCUCCUCUUCCCCUCAGGAGGAAGCUGUAACUGGAAUGAGGUCUCCCUUCAGUCUCCUCUUCUCCAGGCUGAGCAGACCAAGUGACCUCAGCUGCUCCUUGCACGGCUUCCCCUCAAGGCCCUUCACCAUCCCCAUGGCCCUCCUUUGGACACUCUAAUAGCUUCAUGUCAUUUUUAUUGUGGCACCCAAAACUGCCCCCAGCACUCAAGGUGAGGCCACCCCAGUGCAGAGCAGAGUGGGACAAUCCCCUCCCUUGCCUGGCUGUCCCUGAUGUCCCCAGGACAGGGUUGGCCCUCCUGGCUGUCAGGCCCCUGCUGGCUCAGAUCCAGCUUCCCAUAAACAGGACCCCCAUGUCCCUUUCCUGCAGCACUGCUCUCCAGCCUCUCGUUUCCUAAUCUGUACCCACAACCAGGGUUGCCCUGUCCCAGGUGCAAAAUCUGGCACUUGUGCAGAACCCGGCACUUGCCCUUGUUAGACUUCACAUGGUUGGAGAUUGAUUGACCUCUAAUUUGUCAAGGUCUCAGCAGGGCCUCUCUGCCCUCCAGGGAGCUGACCAGGGAGUUCUUCCAAUUUGCACAAUUAUUUGGAGAACAAAUAAAUUAAUACUUUUCCUGCAUCACCUCAUGCAAGGUAAAUGUGGCCAUUUAGUGAGACCACAUUCCUGCACAUGUGUGCACUGUCAGG